CGAGCGUCCACAUGCAUGGGCACGCUAGCUCGCCUCUUUCGUGAUGACCUUGCUGACUCCCUCCAGCAAAGGCUAUAUAUACACACACAUUCAUCCAACUAUCAAAACCAAAUCCUCACUGCUACACGAACACACACAUAAGCAACAACACAAAACUUCCCAGAUCAGUUACGUACAUGCAUCCAGCGACAUACAUGGCGUCGGCUCCAGCUCGCGCAAUUGCGGCGGUGGCUCUCAUGCUCGCGUGCUCUGUGUAUGCCAUGGCUGCGGACAACGCGCCGAUAUGGCUGAGGGCGCAUGCGACGUUCUACGGCGGCGCCGAUGCCUCUGACACCAUGGGUGGGGCGUGUGGGUACGGCAAUCUCUACUCUGCGGGCUACGGGACGCGGACGGCGGCGCUGAGCCAGGUGCUCUUCAACGACGGCGCGGCGUGCGGUCAGUGCUACAAGAUUGCGUGUGACCGCAAGCUUGCGGACCCGAUGUUCUGCAAACCCGGCGUCACCGUGACAAUCACGGCUACGAACCUCUGCCCGCCUAACUAUGCACUCCCGAGCGACAACGGAGGCUGGUGCAACCCGCCGAGGCCGCACUUCGACAUGGCACAGCCGGCCUGGGAGAAGAUUGGUGUCUACAAGGGUGGCAUCAUCCCUGUCAUGUACCAGAGAGUUCCAUGUGUGAAGAAAGGUGGGGUGCGGUUCAAGAUAGCUGGUCACGACUAUUUUAACCUAGUUAAUGUAUUCAACGUCGGAGCUGCCGGAUCAAUCAAAGUGAUGGAUGUUAAGAGCUCUGAUUCAGACGCAUGGGCGCCAAUGGCUCGUAACUGGGGCGCGAACUGGCAAUCUCUAGAUAAUCUUACCGGGAAGAUGCUCUCGUUCAGAUUGACCAACACAGAUGGGCAGACGCUUGUGUUCAACAAUAUUGUUCCAGCUGGAUGGACGUUUGGUCAGACAUUUGCGAGCAAAUUGCAGUUUUAACUGACCACUAUCAACGGGACGAAUUAGGAUGUGAUUUAUUUGUGAGCAUACCAUCGUACAUUAUAGUGAUUGCUGUAUAUAUAUUAAUUGUAAGCGGUACUUGCGUACAUAUAUUGAUUGAUUGGUCACCCUCGUGUACCUCCAAUAUCCUUGUACGUGUUUAACUUAAUGUACAUAUUUGCGUGUUUAUUUAUACGCAUGGUGUAUAUAAAACAUGAUUGAUGCUGCCCAA